ACCACAGUCAGCUCGUAGCUCAGGAUGUUAAAGGCAAUAGGCUCAGCUGGUUGGUUAAUCAUUAGCAAAAAGGAAAGAGCAGUGGGGGUCAGGACCGGCCAGACCACAGAGACGGACCUGAAGCAGGGAGGGAGCUCCCGGCGGAGGCAAGAUGCGAUCUUACCUGCAGUUCACCUCUUUCUCUUAUUAACUUUACCUCGGGACAUAAAGCAAGAUGACUCUUCUGUUCGCAGACGUUUGUCUAAAUAAAGCCCUCUUAAUUUUAUUUUUGCUGUGGGAUUCCUAAGCAGACAAGAAGAAAAGGCAUCUUUCCCCGAGCAGCCUCCCAGCUCCCACUCAGUUUGGCAUUGGGGCAGCAGCUCCGGCCACAGAAAGCAAGCAGGUGCGUGUUCCCAAGCGGGGAUCACUGCAGGCAGGUCUGCCCCUUGUGAAACAGGGCUUUGCACCCUCUCGGAAGCCGGGGGAGUUGGUGCUGACUUCCAAGCUGCCUGGUGGAAGAAGAGAAAGUGGAUCUGCAGAGACUGAGGGGAGAGGGAGAAGCCCCCCUCCCCUCCUCCCAACCACAGCACCAUGGGCAACAUUUGUCUGAGGUUCUGGGCGAACUUGCGGCCCUGCCUCCCCUGCUUGUUCCAGGUGGCCGACAAGCCGGCGGUGGUGAUUGAGAACCCAGGGGCCCACUGCUCCCCCGAUCCUCCCCAGUCGCAGAGUCAGGAGCCCAGGAGAAGCCACGGCCACUACUUUGUGGCUCUGUUUGAUUACCAGGCGAGGACCGCAGAGGACCUGAGCUUCCGCACGGGCGACAAGCUCCAAGUCUUGGACACUUCCCACGAGGGCUGGUGGUUUGCCAGGCACUUGGAGAAAAGGGAAGAUGGCUCUGGCCAACGGCUACAGGGCUAUAUUCCUUCUAACUAUGUGGCUGAGGACAGGAGCCUGCAGGCAGAGCCGUGGUUCUUUGGAGCAAUCAAGAGAACAGAUGCAGAAAAACAACUAUUAUAUUCAGAAAAUCAGACUGGUGCCUUUCUAAUCAGAGAAAGUGAAAGCCAGAAAGGAGAUUUCGCCCUUUCAGUUUUAGAUGAAAGUGUUGUGAAACACUACAGAAUCAGAAGACUGGAUGAAGGGGGUUUUUUCCUUACCCAGAGAAGAACCUUUUCAACACUGAAUGAAUUUGUGAGCUAUUACACCAAGACAAGUGACGGCCUGUGUGUCCCGCUGGGAAAACCAUGUUUAAAGAUGCAAGUGCCAGUGCCUUUUGAUUUGUCGUAUAAAACCGUGGACCAGUGGGAGAUAGACCGCCAGUCCAUACAGCUUCUGAAGCGAUUAGGAUCUGGUCAGUUUGGUGAAGUGUGGGAAGGCCUAUGGAACAAUACCGCUUCAGUAGCAGUAAAAACAUUAAAACCAGGUUCAAUGGAUCCAAAGGACUUCCUGAGGGAGGCACAGAUAAUGAAGAACCUAAGACAUCCAAAGCUUAUUCAGCUUUAUGCUGUUUGCACUUUAGAAGAUCCAAUUUAUAUUAUUACAGAGUUGAUGAGACAUGGAAGUCUGCAAGAAUAUCUCCAAAAUGAUGCUGGGACAAAAAUCCAUCUGACUCAGCAGGUAGACAUGGCUGCGCAGGUUGCCUCUGGGAUGGCUUAUCUGGAGUCCCAGAACUACAUUCAUAGAGAUCUGGCUGCCAGAAAUGUCCUGGUUGGUGAACAUAAUAUCUACAAAGUUGCAGAUUUUGGACUUGCAAGAGUUUUUAAGGUAGAUAAUGAAGACAUCUGUGAAUCCAAACAAGAAAUAAAGCUGCCAGUGAAGUGGACUGCGCCCGAAGCCAUUCGUGGCAUGACAGGUGCUCAGGUAAUCCAGAUGUUGGGUCAAAACUAUAGACUCCCUCAACCACCUAACUGUCCACCACAGUUCUACAACAUCAUGUGGGAGUGUUGGAACGCAGAGCCUAAGGAACGGCCAACAUUUGAGAAACUGCACUGGGAACUUGAAGACUAUUUUGAAACAGACUUUUCAUUUUCAGAUACAAAUAACUUCGUAAGAUGAACACUGAAGAAGAACAUUAAAUAAUCAAGUAACAAAAGAGUUCAAUAAUCAGUCCAGAAAUACAACCUUAUUAAUCAACUGCCAGAAGAACUUACCUUGACAUAUUCGAGUGAUAGGGUCAGCGUGUCCGUGUAUUAUGAGGAAGAUUAUAGGUGCAUUAUACGUGACUGGGCAACACUGCACGACAGUCUAAGAUGAUAUUUCAUCAUUGCCUGGCAAAAAUCAAACACAGAAACACAGUUAUUUUUCUUUUUAAAAAAUACUUAAACAUUUCUAUUUAUUGUUUGAAAUACCGAUCAAGAGGAUCAACAGAUGAUAGUCAAUUUUUACUCAGUGGCUGUUGUAGCAUUUUCCUGUUUACUGAUUAGAGUGGUUAUUCAUUAUUCCUCGGAUUGCUGAAUCCCAUCAGGCUGUUAUUAUGAAGGAAUCUGAUUGCUUUGCUGCACAGCAGGACCUGUGCUUUGAGAUUUUUUUUUCUCUUUUAAAAUAUCCUGUAACUACAAUGAUGGUAAAGCCAUGUGAAAUGACUUGAUUGUACUUGGAGCAAUUGCACAUAUUUUUUCCUAUGCAUAAAAAAAUGAAGCAGCUGUUGAGAAAAAGAAUUAAAAUUUCUCUCAUUUUGUAGAAGGAAAUGAUGGGAUUUUUCUGUACCUCAGUAUGUGUCAUCUGAGAAUCAUCUACAUUAGUUUUAAUCUCAUAAUGUUAAGAAUCAGAUUGCAAAGCAGAUGAGUUAUUAUCUAUGGAAAUAUGUGAGAAACAUCUAGUGGCCUGCAAAAUCUGAGAAAUAAGUAUAAAAUAGUUUAGGAACAGGAGAGGAGAGCAGUAGGAUUGCUAUGGCUGAGAUUCCUGAAUAAUUUUUUAAAAGAUGGACCUUUGGCAUUUAGGCCAGAGUUUUAAAUUGAUUAUAGUGCAGGUCAAGCUCAGUUUUCGAACUAGAGGCUAAGAAUAAGGUCUGACCUUGGUUAUGAAGCUGUAUUUUCUGUCUGGUAGGACAAGAGGGUUUUUACUCAUCUUAAAUGUGCAUUAACCUUUGUAAGCAUGUUACUGUCUUCUUAAGCAACGGGUGGAUCAAAUUUUGUGCCCCAUAAGAUGAUUAGAGAGAGUUCUCAAAGGUAGUUUCAGAAUCAAGUAUAUAUUCAAAGAUCUCUGCUGUAAAGCAAUAUGAAUGAAACAAGCCAUGAAAAGACAGAAGAUUUUGAGUAUAUUCUCUCAUCUUUAAAGGAGAAGAACAUAUCUCAACAGUUACAGAAACCCAAAUUCAAAGUGGAUGAAGUAUUAAGAAGUAAAUGUGUGAGCUCUACCUGGAAGGCUGGAGGUAGGGAGGGCUUCAGGUACCAUAUCAUUGGCACUUCAGUGAUAGUGACGGGGACCCACGUUCCUUCCAGCUAUCUUCUCUGUCACCAGCAUUGUCCUCAUUCUCAAAGUCCCAGAUGGCUCAGUAGCAGCUGGGGCUCCCUGUUCUUUUCUCCUCAUCUAGUAGCGGAAAAUGGGAAACCUCUCUCUCUGCAUUUUCAGCUUGCAUAAGAAGCAUUGUUUUUGGGGGCUCCUGGGUAGUGCAGUCGGUUAAGCCUCCGACUCUUGGUUUCAGCUCAGGUCGUGAUCUCAGGGU